AUGCCUCCUAUCCUCAAUCCCAUCCUUCCUGGCUUCAACCCGGACCCGUCGAUUCUUCGGGUCGGGGAUGACUACUAUAUUGCUACUUCGACAUUCGAGUGGUACCCAGGCGUGCAGAUCCACCACUCCAAGGACUUGGCAAACUGGGACCUGGUGACUCGACCCCUGAACCGUAAGAGUCAGCUGGACAUGCGAGGAAACCCUGAUAGUUGCGGAGUUUGGGCGCCUUGCCUGACGUACGAUGGCGAUAAGUUCUGGCUCGUUUAUACCGAUGUCAAGCGAAAAGACGGAUCAUACAAGGACACACAUAAUUACAUCGUUCACGCCCCUGCCAUCGAAGGGCCAUGGUCUGACCCUAUAUAUGUCAACUCCUCCGGCUUUGAUCCUUCACUGUUUCACGACGACGAUGGACGCAAGUGGUUCGUUAACAUGCUGUGGGACCACCGUCGACGGCCACAAGCCUUUGCAGGUAUUGUGUUGCAGGAGUUUGAACCAGCUUCCGGCAAGUUAGUCGGCCCCAAGAAGAACAUCUAUCCCGGCACAGACCUGGGGUUGGUGGAAGGUCCCCAUCUCUACCAGCGAAACGGCUGGUAUUAUCUCUUGACUGCCGAGGGCGGCACAGGCUACGAGCACGCCUGCACGCUCGCACGCUCAAGGGACAUAUGGGGUCCGUAUGAGACACAUCCGCAGAAGCACAUCGUAACAUCCAAGGGCACGCCAUGGGCUGCAAUCCAGCGGGCUGGUCACGGCGACAUUGUUGAGACACCGGAAGGCAAGACGUACUUGGUGCACUUGAGUGGACGGCCCACGACGCAAUUCAGGCGGUGUGUUUUGGGACGGGAAACCGCGAUACAAGAAGCGUAUUGGAGUGACGAUGACUGGCUAUAUGUGAAAGAUGGGCCUGUGCCCUCGUUGAAAGUUGAUGUUCCCGGAACUCGGGAUGAAACUAGAUACUGGGAGGAACAACGCUAUACGUUUGAUAAGGAGCUACACAAGGACUUCCAGUGGCUCCGGACACCAGAACCCGAACGCAUCUUCUCAGUCCAGGGUGGCAAGCUGUCCCUCACAGGCAGAGAGGCGAUCGGCUCUUGGUUCGAGCAGGCGUUGGUGGCGCGCCGCCAGACACACUUCUCCUACGAUGCUGAGACGGUCAUCGACUUCUCUCCCACGGACGAACGCGAGUUCGCCGGCCUCACGGCUUACUACUGCCGGUUCAACUUCUUCUACCUGACCGUCUCCGCACACUCUGACGGAAAGCGCGAACUGCUUAUCCAGAGCUGCGAGGCGUCGUGGCCCAGUGGCAACUUGAACAUGCCGUUUCCCGAGCCCGUGCAAAUCCCCAAUGAAGGGAAAGUUAGGCUCGCGCUUUCAAUUCGUGGCAAGGAGUUGCAGUUCUUCUACGCGCUCGAGGGAGAGGACCUCAAGAAGAUCGGACCGGUAUUCGAUGCUUCGAUUGUGUCAGACGAGUGUGGUGGGCACCAGGCGCAUGGGAGCUUUACUGGUGCCUUUGUGGGCGUGGCCUGCUCGGAUCUAAACGGCACAGCUAGGGAGGCCAAGUUUGAUUAUUUCACAUACCGCCCAGUCAAGCAUGAGAGCGACCGGUACGAAAUAUGA